CUUUUGUACAGACGCGUUUAAUUGCUCACUAAACAUUACCGAGUCGCGCUGACGAGGCAAAACCAUCGUAGCUCAGAUGUUCUAAGCGUAUGCCAGUUUUACUACAGAAUUCAACGAAGCAGCAUCACAAGAUGUGGGUAAGUUUACUCGUCUUAACAUUGUUGGCUGCAGUCUACUGGAUCAGGCAGCGGCUUGCCUACUGGGAAAAGCGAGGUGUCCCGUACGUGCCGCCAUCCUUUCCACAUGGAAACCUGGGUGGUUUUGGUAAAAAACUACACAUGUCGGCGAUUCUACAAAACUGUUACAAGCAGCUGAAAAGUUCGGGACAGUCAUUCGGAGGGAUUCACUUCUUCAUCAAUCCCGUUGCGCUGCUGAUCGAUCCUGAUCUUAUCAAAACGGUGCUGGUGAAAGAUUUUUCAUACUUCCAUGAUCGUAACCUGUACUACAACGAACGAGAUGAUCCUCUUUCACAUCAUCUGGUCGCGAUGGAGGGAACCAGAUGGAAAAAUCUUCGAGCAAAGCUUACACCGACCUUCACCUCCGGUAAGAUGAAGCUGAUGUUCUCCACUGUGACAGCUGUUGCAGAAGAGUUCGACCGGUGUAUGAUGAACGAAAUCAAAACCAGCCCUGUGGUUGAGAUGAAGGAUCUGCUUGCACGCUUUACCACUGACAUUAUUGGAUCCGUAGCGUUUGGUCUUGAAUGCAACAGUUUGAAAGAUCCAGAAGCAAAGUUUCGUGCAAUGGGACGCAAGGUGUUCCAAUUGUCUCCGUACCGUGCGCUCAAGAUCUUCCUUUCCGCUCAAUUCCCAAAGAUUGCACGAACACUCCGAGUCAAGCUUACGCAACCGGACGUGGCGGAGUUUUUUAUGGGCGCAGUGAAAGAUACAGUUGAGUUUCGGCAAACCAACAAUGUGCAAAGGAAUGAUUUUAUGAUGCUGCUUAUGAAGAUGUUGAAAGAGCAAAUGGAGCAAGACGGGACUGCUGGAGAUCUGAAAGAUCGCAUUACGAUCGAGGAUGUUGCAGCGCAAGCGUUUGUGUUCUUCCUGGCAGGAUUUGAGACCUCUUCAACAGCGAUGUCGUUCUGUCUGUACGAGUUGGCGCUUAACCAGGAGCUGCAGGAUAAGGCACGUCAGAAUAUUACGGAUGUGAUGAAGCAACAUAGCUCCAUUACCUACGAGGCAGUACACGAGAUGAAGUACAUUGAGAUGUGUAUCAAUGAAUCGAUGCGAAAGUAUCCACCGAUCACAACUCUCACCCGCCGGGUCGAGAAGGAUUAUCGAGUGCCCGAUACUGAUAAGGUCCUGCAGGAAGGCAUCAUGGCAGCAAUUCCGGUGUACGCACUGCAUCACGACCCGGAACACUUUCCCAAUCCGGAGCAGUUCGAUCCGGACCGGUUCACAGCGGAACAGGAAGCCAAACGUCAUCCGUUCGUUUAUCUAUCGUUUGGUGAAGGACCACGCAUAUGUAUUGGGUUGCGGUUCGGUAUGAUGCAAGCUCGGAUUGGAUUGGUAUAUCUGUUGAAGCAUUUUCGUUUCACGCUGGCGAAAGAUAGGAUGAGUGUGCCGUUGAAGAUUACACCCUCGAGUACGAUCUUAACGAUUGAUGGGGGACUUUGGUUGAAUGUAGAGCAACUGUGAGUCAACGGUUUGGUACAUAAAAUCGCUCUAUCAGUAAUAAUGAUUGAAACAAACAAUUUUGCAUUGGUCAUCCAACAUUGAGUACAUACAUUUUGGCGAAAUAAAAAAAAAAAGAUAUUUUAAAAUAAAUC